AUGGUUGCAUUUCCACCGCUAGAGGCUGUUGAGCUGGUGACAGAAAUCUCAGUGAUUUUGAAGCGCAGAGGAGAAACCAUAGCGGUGUGUGAAGCCGCGUGUGGAGGAUUGAUAUCUAGUUACUUGGUUUCAGUGCCAGGAGCGUCCGAAUGGUUCUAUGGAGGGACCAUGGUUUACAGUUUGAAGUCUAGACUGAAAUUGAGUGGGUGGGAUUCGCAGGAUAUUGAUAGUUACACCGGUCCCAGUACUAAUGUAGCGCUAAGAUUAGCGCGGAACUUGAGACUCGAAUUGGGUGCUACGUGGACUCUGAGUGAAACCGGGUAUGCUUCACAGUCACCUCUGGCGGUAGCAAAUGAUCCUGAGGCUGCAAAUAAGACAGGAACCGUGUAUUUUGGUAUUUCUGGUCCCGAUAGAGACCUUUCGAAAGUUUACGCGACAGGAAGUACAGAGAGGUGUCAGAACAUGCAGGCUUUUGCCCUUCAAGGGUUGCAAUUCCUGCUGAGAGAGCUUCGGAGGGGUGAGGAGUCGACGAAGACUCAACAUGGCCAGUAA